AUGGUCUUCAAACCGUUUAGCCAUCUCGCACGUCAGAGUUUCACCAAAGCCUUCACUCAUGGCUAUGCUCAGUCGGUAGUUGCGGCGUCGCAGUCUUCCUACGCGUCCUCCGCCACAUUCAAUCAGCUCGCCAAUCAACCGGCAAAGGUCUCACGGAGUGCCUUGCAAAAUGUAUUCCAACCAAGUUCUUCCGGUGCUGGCGCUAAAGCCAGCCAGGGCGGCUCGGGCUCGGGGGACUUAGGUCUCGCGGCGUAUUAUGCCGCGUGGCAACACGCUCAGCAGACUGGCGAUGAUAGUGAUUGGAAACAGUUUCAGGUGAAGCGGAAAUUGGGCUGGAAACCGUCGACGCCGGAAGAAGCAGCAAAGUCCAAGGAGGAUGGCUCGAAUUCCCAUAACUUUGACUCGCCACAUAUCACUAAGGCCUCUGCCAAUGCCGAUGUCAGCGCUCAGGUGGAGGAGGCGGUAGCUCGAGAGAUUCAGAUACAAGAAGAGCAAGCCCAAGCUGAGGAGGCAUCCGAAGCAAAGGAUAACUCGGCCACGGAGGCAUUUCCUGAACUACCAGCGGACGUGGCUGCCAUCGAGGAUGUCUCCACGGAACAAGCUCGUAUCGCUUCCGAUCAGAUUAUCCAGCUGGCUUUAACAAAGAAGUACACUGAGAUCCCGAGUGCUUUCGAAGCACUGUUACGGGAUGGCUUGACUCCCACGGUCGGUGCUUACAAUGCCCUGCUGGAAUCGGCUGUGCAUCUUCAUGGCGACACCGCUCAGGCGAUCCCGAAGGCACUGGAUGUUUAUUCUGAUAUGCUCCGUCGUAGGGUAAUUCCCGACGAGCAGACGUAUCGGACCCUCGUCCAGCUAUUUGUGGAGCGCGCACACGAUGCCCUGAAGUCCAAGAAAUCGCUCGAGCAGGACCGGAUCCGUUACGGAGGAAUGGAAGAGCCUGGCAAGUUCAUGCUCCACUCGAGCGAGUUGGAGCGAGCCAUUCUCGACGAAGAUCAUUCACUCGGUAUCGCUAUGAAACUAUUUGACACUGCCACGACAAGACACACCGAUGUCGUCUUCUCGUUAGACACGUACAGCCGCCUGAUUAUCGCAUGUGCGACGGAGGGCCAAGUUGAGAAUAUGAUCCGCAUCUAUGCCCACAUGGAAACCCAGAAAGUUACACCGCAUGCCUCUAUUUUCCCGUCGAUGAUCGAUGCUUUCGCCUCUACUGGAGAUCUGCAGAGCGCUGUCGAGUGCUACAACGAGUAUAAGGCUCUCGCAAUUUCAGACGAUAAUGGUACGUUCAGCAUCGUUCAGCGUCUGGAUGGCCAGGUGUACGCUGCGUUGGUCAAAGCGUAUCUAUCGUGUGGUAAGGAGAAGGAGGCUUUGCGCUUUUUGGAGCGGAUCCGGGCCUCUUUCGAUGAGGUGACAGAAAAUCGAGAAAUUCGGAAAGAUGCUGUUGAAACCGUGAUCGUUCGAGAUGGCCUUGUUUCGCACUCCUUAAAAUCGGGUGAGCACGAUAAGGCGUUGAGUCAAGCUAAGACCCGGUUGCGCGAUGGGGCCCUGGAUCAUGCCAUGGCCGAAAUCUGCAUCGCCGCGGCGGAUGCCGGUAACCUCAAAACGGCUUCCGAAGCAUACGAUUGCCUGCCUACUGAUACCGCAAAACGUCAUGCUCCUGCUAUCUCGAUGCUGGCAUUGCCUCUGUGGGUGAUGCUAAGCACUGUGGGUCAGACAACACCGGACAUGGUUCAGCCGACGGCAAUGUAUUCGGUGGCCUUAUUGAAGAGUGGUCAGAUCGAAGAAGCCUUGAUCGAGGCCCGUAAUAUGUUUGGACGGGUCCGCAACGCUUCGAUCGAGAACCCUUAUCUACUCAACUCUGUCCGGGAGCAGAUCAAUGAAAGUCUUCAUCUCAUCGGUCGCGUACUUAUUCAGACUGCUGCCGUCCUCUCACCCAAAACUGUCAUGACUCUCCUUUGGUCAAUGGUCGAGAACGGCGGACUGGUCUCUCCGGUCGCUGACCACGCUGUCGCCAGCCUCGGUCCUAUUGCCAUCCAACAGCUCAACCCCCGCGACCUAUCCCUUGCUCUCCAGGUCCAGGCCGGCAUGCUCGUCAACAGCUCCGCGUCUUUGGAUGUUGCCCACCCGAUUCGCUUUUCUCACAUGCUUGACAUUGCCUUGGCUACCAGGCUUCAAAUGGAUCCGUACACCACUCGCGUCGUCGACCAGGCGGUCGGGAAGCUAUUCAACAGCCGUCCUGACAUGGUAAGGAGAUGGCACGACCACCUUGGGCUCACUUCCAGCCCUUCUUCGUUCAUGUCCGAUCGCCACUCUCCGGUCUCUGAGAUGUCGACGAUGACCUCUGCGCCCAGCGAAGACUCAUUCGAUCCGUACGCCUAUGCCACCGAUUUCAAAGGGUCUGCGAUGAUUGCCGAACAGUUGGAAAGCACCAGCGGUCGCCCUGAGUCCCACCUCAACGAUGCUUUGGCUCGGCUCCGGAACAUGCGCCGCUCUGGCCGUCAUCCUCGCUACAUCACCUAUGCCAAACUGAUCACCGCUGCCGCCAAGUGUCAUCGCAACGAUCUGGUCCAUGAAAUCCUGAGCAUGGCUCGCCGCGACGUCCCGCUCCUGCACCAGUAUCACGCUGUCAAGUACGGUUGGGUGUCAAUUCUUGACGCCAUGGUAGCCUCCUGUCUUACCCUUAAUGAUCGCAGUCUCGCCUCCAAAUAUCACCAGGAACUUUCUGAACUCGGCUCCGCUCCGUCCGCCAACACCUUCGGUCUUUAUAUCACUACGCUCAAGGAAUCGACUAAGACCUUCGACGAGGCCACCGAAGCUGUGAAGAUCUUCCACCGUGCGGUCGCUGAAGGAGUUGAGCCUACCUCGUUCUUGUACAACGCCUUGAUCGGAAAGCUUGGCAAAGCCCGUCGUAUUGACGAUUGUCUCUUGUACUUCGCCGAGAUGCGUGCCCAGGGUGUGCGUCCCACCAGUGUUACCUACGGAACAAUUGUGAAUGCCCUUUGCCGAGUCAGCGAUGAACGGUUCGCUGAGGAGAUGUUUGAGGAGAUGGAGUCGAUGCCCAACUACAAGCCUCGCCCAGCUCCCUACAAUUCCAUGAUUCAGUACUUCCUGAACACCAAGCGCGACCGCAGCAAGGUUCUGGCGUAUUAUGAGCGCAUGCUCAGCCGUAAUAUCCAGCCCACCAUGCACACUUACAAGCUGCUCAUCGACGCACACGCCUCUCUAGAGCCGGUAGAUAUGAAGGCUGCGGAGAAAGUACUCGAGACCAUCAAAGCCGCCGGACAGCAGCCCGAGGCCGUGCACUAUGCAUCCCUCAUCCAUGCCCAUGGCUGUGUGAUGCAUGACAUGAAGGCUGCUCAGGAGGUUUUCAACUCAGUCGUCUCAAACAGCAAAGUGCGGCUCCAACCAUGCCUGUACCAGGCCCUCCUCGAGGCCAUGGUGGCCAACCACCAGGUUGCACAAACUGAGGACAUUGUGAAGGAUAUGGCCCAGCGUAGGGUUGAUAUGACUGCCUACAUUGCCAACACUCUUAUUCAAGGGUGGGCCACUGAGGGCAACGUGAGCAAAGCCAAGGCCAUCUAUGAUACCAUUGGUGUGGACAAGCGUGAGCCUAGCACUUACGAGGCCAUGACUCGUGCCUUCCUCAUGGCCAACGAGCGAGAGAACGCCUCUCGUAUUGUGCAAGAGAUGCUGUCUCGUGGAUACCCGACCGCUGUCGCCAGCAAGAUUGUGGAUCUUGUCGGUGGCGGUGCCGCGGUCGCCGCUGCCCUGUUCUACUCGUCCAAAUUUGACCGGCGUAACCACAGUUCUACAAACAUAGCUACUGACACAUCCCCACAUUUGCCAGUUGCACCGGGUGACAUCCAAGUAUCAACCCCUAAUGACCAAGCAACGCCUCCCCACAAGCCGGAAACCGCUACACCUGCCAAUGUCGCCCGACUUGUCGCGGAGGCCCUUCGAUCGGAGACCUCCACGCCCAACUCCGUUACCGAGAAACAGAUCGUCUCCCACCCCGCUCGCGCGCAUCAGUUCGUGACCAACCCACCGCUCACUGUCUCCCAGAUGCACCCCACCAAUCCGCUCCAUCAAUUCAAUACCUGGUUCCGCGACCCGCGAUUGUCUGCAUCGUCAGCCCCGGAGACAUGUACGUUGGCUACGGCGUCUUUGCCCUCUGGCCGGGUGAGCGCGCGCGUUGUAUAUCUGAAGGAGCUGGACGAGCGAGGCUGGGUAGUCUACAGCAACUGGGGCAGUCGGCAAGGGAAGGGCGCACAGGUCUUUGGUACUCAAGCAGAUGGAGACAGCGUUCUGGGUGCUAUGCCCGAGCCCGGCGCAGAGGACGAUGGAAUGCCACAAGGCAACAAAUGGGCAGCCCUCACAUUCAGCUGGGGAACUGUUGAACGGCAGGUGCGUGUCGAAGGUCUCAUUGAACCCCUUAGCCGCGAAGAGAGUGAACUGUACUGGCGGACCCGCGAACGGGGUAGCCAGAUCGGCGGCUGGGCCAGCUGGCAGAGCAAGGUGCUCUGGUCCGCAGAGCCAGACAGUCUGAUCGAGCGGCGGCGGAAGAGCCUCGCGCAGGAUGUGUGUCCCCAGGCUAUUCCGGGUGACGUGGAUGAAACGGAUAUCGAUGACGGCCGGGCGCUGCUAGAGAAGCGAGUACGGGAAAUGGAGGAGAGGUUUGCCAAUACGGAGGAGAUCCCAUUACCUCCGUUUUGGGGCGGCGUGCGUCUGGUACCGGAGUCGGUAGAGUUCUGGCAGGGACGGCGCAGUCGACUGCAUGAUCGCUUCCGGUAUGUGAGGGUGCAUGACUCGCAGAGUGACUCGUAUAAAUGGCGGGUUGAACGACUAUCGCCUUAA